GAUAUUUUAGAACCGAAUUUUGCGAAGCGCUAAAAAAAUAAGAGAAAUUAAAGAUUUUCAAUUCUUUAAAAAAUAGUUAUGGGUGACUGAUAACGAUUAUGUAUGUAAUCAGACGGAUGCGUGACUUGUGGCUUGUAGUGAUUUGCUGCGCGACAGAAUGGGAAUCGAAAUGUUAAAAGAGAUACAAGUAAGUUUGGAUAAGCAUAUUUACUGAAUUACGACAUACUCGUGAGCUUAUAACCUAUCAUGUAUCAGUUUGGAAAGUUAAGCUCGAUAUUUAAUAGGGGUCAAUUAUCCUCAUGCGUCCGAGAUUCUCAUCAAUCGGCUUCGCAGUUCAACAGGAUAAACAAAAUUUUGAUAGCAAACAGAGGAGAGAUAGCAUGUCGUAUAACAAAAACUGCCAAGAAUCUUGGUGUGAAGACUGUGGCUGUAUAUAGCGAAGCAGACAGGAACUCUAUGCAUGUGGAACAAGCUGAUGAAGCUUACUGCAUUGGGCCCGCUCAAUCUAGUCAAAGUUAUUUACGGCAGGAUAAGAUUAUAUCAGUUGCCAAACGAGCCAAAUGUCAAGCCAUACAUCCAGGAUAUGGAUUUCUUUCGGAAAAUUCAGAAUUUGCAGAAUUAUGUCAGCGGGAAAAUAUCAUAUUUAUUGGUCCACCAGCCAAUGCUAUUAGAGAUAUGGGUAUAAAGAAUACUUCAAAAACUAUUAUGAUGAAAGCUGGAGUUCCUGUCAUAGAGGGAUAUCAUGGAAAGGAUCAGACAAAUGAAACACUAGUGAUAGAGGCCAGAAAGAUUGGAUUUCCACUGAUGAUCAAAGCUGUACGUGGUGGUGGCGGGAAAGGUAUGAGAAUUGCUCUGAAGGAAUCUGAUUUUAUUGAAGCACUAGAAUCUGCAAGAACCGAGUCUGAAAAAGCAUUUGGAGAUUCGGCAGUGCUCUUAGAAAAAUAUAUUGCUGAACCUAGACAUGUAGAAGUGCAGAUUUUUGCUGAUAAACAUGGAAAUACUGUUUAUCUAUUUGAGAGAGACUGUUCUGUACAAAGAAGACAUCAAAAAGUAAUUGAGGAAGCGCCUGCUCCUGGUAUUUCUCAGAAGCUUAGGCAGGAGUUGGGAGAAGCAGCUGUACGUGCUGCUAAAGCUGUGGGGUAUACGGGUGCUGGUACAGUGGAGUUUAUAAUGGAUCGAAAUAAUCACAGUUUUCAUUUUAUGGAAAUGAAUACGCGUCUCCAAGUAGAGCAUCCUGUCACCGAGGCUAUCACUGGUUUGGAUUUGGUCGAGUGGCAAUUGAGAGUAGCAAGUGGUGAAGAACUUCCGCUUAAACAAGAACAGAUUACUCUCAACGGCCAUGCAUUUGAAGCAAGAAUUUAUGCUGAGAAUCCAAGGAAUGGUUUCUUACCAGGAGCUGGUCAACUUUUAUAUUUGAAGCCUCCUCAAACAACGAAUAAUGUCAGAGUCGAAACUGGAGUCCGACAAAAUGAUGAAGUAUCUGUGCAUUAUGAUCCAAUGAUAGCGAAAUUAGUGGUUUGGGGGAAAGAUAGGAACGAAGCUCUUAAUAUACUUAGAUCAAAGCUUAACGAAUAUAAUAUUGCUGGUCUCGAUACAAAUAUAGAAUUUAUCAAAGAUCUGUGUGUUCAUUCUAAAUUUCAAAAUGGUGAAGUGCACACAGGAUUCAUAGAGGAAAACUAUGAACAGUUAUUUUCCAAAUUACACAUACCUAAUUCAGUACUGAUUCAAGGUGCUCUCGCUUGGAUACUAUAUGAAGAUGCAAAUUCAUUAAGUGCAUCAUUAGAAACAAAAGAUCCAUUCAGUCCAUUUGUUGUGGAAACUGGACUCAGAUUAAAUCACGUAUUAAAACAUGCGUUUCAUUUCAAUGUCGAUAAUGAAGAUACUAUAGUGGAAGUGAAAUAUCCUGAACCAGAUAUGUACCUAAUGAGAGUUAAUAAAUUGGGAUCGUGGAGAAAAGUGACUGGAACUUUGAAGAAAAUAGAUGGUGCUCUAGAGUUAUUCACAGAAAUUGAUGGAAUCAUCACUAAAACACGAACAGUGAAACUCAAUAAUAAAUUACAUAUAUUUACCAAAGAUCGAGAAUGGCAAUUGAUUAUUCCUAUUCCUAAAUUUGUGACUACAUUUACGAGUCGAGCAGAGGAAGAUCCGCUUACAGCAUUAAGCCCAAUGCCUGGAUUAGUUGAAAAAAUCUUUGUUAAUGAGGGAGAUGCAGUAAAAAAGGGCGAUUCCUUGCUUGUUAUUGUUGCUAUGAAAAUGGAGCAUAUUAUUAAAGCAUCUACAAAUGGAAUUGUUGAAAAUGUAUUAUGCUCUAUAGGUGAUAAUGUUACCAAAAAUAAGAUUCUUAUCAAAUUGACAGAAGCUAAAGUAUAAUAUAUGCAACAUGAUAUACUCGUCGUAAUAUAAUAAUCGUUAUUUUAAAUAAUUGACAUAUAUAUAUA